UAUCAAAUAAUUUUAAGUGCUGAAGAACAAUAUUUUAGUUUUCAAAUUUAAUUUUGUUUUCAAUAAUUCAAUAGAAAACAAAUAAUCAAUGAAAUUUUAAAACACUUUAAACAUGUCUAUAUAUUACAGUGGAACAUUCACAAGAUCUGGAGGAGUUGUAUCUGCAAUUGGAAAGCAAUUAAAAUUACUUAAUUUGAAAGCCGUCAGCAGAAUAAUAGUCAAGUUUGACCCAUUCAAGGAAAAUACAAUAUCAGCAAGGGAGCUUCUUUUUCAUUUAUCAACACCUAAAAUUUCUGGAACAAAUCCAAAAUGUGUGCUUAGAACAGAAAUUCUAUGUGGAAGGCAGCCAUCAGAAAUAUCAUUUUUGUUAAAUGACCCGGCUCAAAAACAAGCACAAUUAAAAGAAAUAAAACUUUUACCAGAAAAUUUAUCAACAUUGGAACUGCUACAAAUUUGUAAUAAGCACAUUUCAACAUUAGCGCCUCAAGAAGAAAUUGCUACUACCAAAACUAAAUUAGAGAAGAAACAAGUUGGAACUAAAAAGGGUUCAAAAAAAAAAUAG